UCCUUAAUCAAUGCUUGACUGUUCGUAAACAAAUGGGUCAAUGAUAUGAAUGUUAUGUUAUGAUUUGUUUAUAAUUAAGUUUUAUAAAAAACUGCAUUGAAUUUCGGGCCAGUAUUAAUUGUCUAAAUUAAAAAUCACUGAGGUUAAUUUCUGGAUUUUUGUAUGUUCCCAUCGACUAGACGAUUCAGAUGUAUUCUGUGAGUCGGAUAUGCGAAAGAGAUGUUGAAGAUGUCAUGACAUUCAUGAAGAGAACAUUCUUCAUAGAUGAACCACUGUAUAAGGGCGUUGGUUACUGCAACUCCGCGAGUGAUGAUACGCCAGAUCUUGACGAAUUCUGCAGAGCCGCCUUACCUGGUGUGUCAUUAAUGGCCAAAAACGAAGAAGGGUCUAUCGUAGCUACACUCAUAUGUGGAAUUAGUCCUAUUGUUAAUCCAACAGACUUCCUAAGUGCUUUGAAAAAUUGCAAAUGUCCAAAGUACAAGAAAGUUAUACAAAUGAUGAUUCUGCGUGAAGUUAUUAUGGAAAUUUGGAAUAUCUAUCCCAACGAGAAACAAGUUUUCGAAAUCAAGAUGGCGUCCACGGAUGCAAAAUGGCGGAACAAAGGGAUCAUGAAUCAGCUCAUGAAGGAAGCGGAGAACGCAGCAAAAGAACUGAACAUCCGAGUGUUAAGAAUCGAAACGUCAAGCGCCUAUUCCGCGAAAUCAGCUGAGAGACACGGGUACAAAUGUGUAUUCAGUCGAGCGUAUACAGAAUUCAUGUUGGAUGGAAAGCCUCUUAUCCUGCCCGAACCGCCACACACGAAGGACAAUGUGUAUGUCAAAGAACUGUACUGAUGUGAAAUUUAUUAAAUGUACCAUAUAUUA